AUGGCUAUUGAUAUCCUCUCGAUCGCGCCUGAAUCGGCUGAUCCGGAAUGUGCAUUCUCUGGUGGUCGACGUACUCUCUCCUGGGAUAGAGAACGAAUGACUUGCGAGAAUCUUGAGAAGGUUGAAUGUAUAGGUAACUGGCUGCGUGAAGGGCAUAUCCAGAAGGCUGUCCAUAGUGGUAUGGGUGUAAUUACUGAUACGGGUUUUGAUAGUGGCGGCGAUGAAGACCCUUAUGUUAAUUCUGAUCGAUUUGCGGAUACCUGA